GAGGAAUGAGGGGUGACUCCGGGGACGCAGCCAUCCCUCGGGAGCAGGACACAGCUCCGGUAGAUGGCACACGGGGCCAGCGCUCCGAAACCCGACACUGCCAGACACUCCCUGCAGAGCCAGGAACCAGGAAAUACAACUGGGGCCGUGCACAAUCGCCAGGGCUCCGCGGGGGAAGGAGGACAUGGGCAACCUCUGCAGCCCCUGGUGAGUGCUGAUGGUGCCGGGCACCGCGCGCAGCUCGCGCCGCGAUUUUGGGGAGCUUUGUGCCCUUUCCUGCCGGGCUGGCCAAGGCUCUGAGCGCUGCACCUGGCCGGGAAGGGACAGGAAGUGUCCUUCGCCUUUCAAAAGAAAGAAAGAAAAGCAAGGAGCUAAUGUGAGGCAUGAGGCCCAACAGCAGCAGCCUGGCAGGAAGGUCCCCACGUAUGAAGACGUCCCAGAUGUGCCUGUCUACGCCACGGUGAGCCAGCCCCGGGCCGUGCAGCAGGAGGAGAGCAUCCACUACGCCGACAUCCAGCUGUUCUGCAGGGCAGGGGGGCGCUCGGCAGCCGAGCUGGGGGGGCGCUCGCCAGCCGAGCUGAGGAGCCGGCAGCUGCAGAACGCCACCGAGUACGCCACCCUCAACUUCCCCCGGGCCAGGCUCAAGUACGACAGCAAAAAUGGGACCCUGGUCUGAGACUGGAUGGGCUCGUCCUCCUCCCGCAGCAGGAAAAGGAGUUCGCAGCUGUGGAGGCAAGGGAACCUCACGGACACUGAGAGGGGAGAGGCUGUGUCCCUCCGUCAGGUUCUCGCUGAGGAGAUUCCCAGCAAAAAUCGCCUCCUCCCCUCGGGGGAGCUGCCCUGGAGCUGGCAGCUCAUCGCCUGCCAGCCCUGUGGGGUGGCAGAGCUGCUGCUGGGCUGGG